AUGGCACUGUUUUGUCACCAAAGGAAAACGUCGAUUUGUGCCGAUGGCACACGUAUUAAUUGUUUGUCGAUUAUAUGUCUGUCCCAUUCAUCCCACAAACACUAUCCCAAUGUAACACUCAAGGGAUGUGGUAUCGGACGGCAGUCACUGAUGUCGAGUGGAAAGUGCUUUAAAUGGUUAUCCAAUACAACAACAACACAAAUGGAUAUACAUUUGGGUCGUAACGCACAACCGGGUGAAGUGCCGUUCAUUGUGUACAUACAAAUCGGCAAUUAUGGUGGACGCGGCACUGGUAUUAUACUCAAUGAGCGCUGGAUAUUGACUGCCGCACAUGCAAUAGAUUUUCCAAUUAAUGAUUUGUUAGUAUAUCCGGGAGUUUUAGACACUAAUAAUAUGCGCACCGAUAAUAGCUACCGACCGAUGCAAACAUUUAUUCAUCCAAUGUUUAAACAAACAACUAAAACACAUAACCCAGCCUUUGAUAUCGGACUCAUUAAGUUGGGAUCUGAUUUGCCGAUCACUGGCCACCGUCACCACCAAUUGGGUGCAUAUCGUACACUCAACGGUAUAUGUUUGCCCCGUAAGCUUGAAAUCAAUAGCGUCAAUGAGCUGGCAUUGUAUGCCGGUUACGGUUAUAUCGAUGAAACCACUAAAACAUUGGUCAAUAGAUUGCAAUUGAGUUAUACAAUGAUUAUACGGGCAAAAAAUAAUACAUCAGAUGAACAAAACCGAUUGAUUUGGAGCUAUAGAUAUCCGCCUGAAAUCGGUUCGCGGAGUUGUGCUGGUGAUUCUGGUGGACCAUUAUAUCAAUAUAGUGGUAGUACUGACGGUAGGGCAGUGCUUAUCGGCAUAAACUCAGUUAGCCGUUCCAAUCAUCCGUGUGAUGUCACCGAUCAGAUAGCUUAUACACUUUAUCCCCGGGUGUCGAUGCAUAUCGAUUGGAUAAUACAAUUGUCAAUCAUAUGUCCUGUUUAUUGGUAUUAA